AUGACACCAGAGAACUUGACCCGGGCGAGGGUUGCACCUGCUGAAUUCAUUCUCCUGGGCAUCACAGAUCGCUGGGACCUGCGUGUGACCCUCUUCUUGACCUUCCUGCCGGUCUACCUGGUGAGCCUGCUGGGAAACGUAGGCAUGGUGCUGCUGAUCCACAUGGACGCCCAGCUCCACACGCCCAUGUACUUCUUCCUGGCCAACCUCUCCCUGCUGGAUGCCUGCUGUUCCUCAGCCAUCGGCCCCAAGAUGCUAGUGGACCUGCUGCUGCCCCACGCCACCAUCCCUUACACAGCCUGUGCCCUCCAGAUGUUUUUGUUUGCAGGGCUGGCCGAUGCCGAGUGCUGCCUAUUGGCAGUCAUGGCCUAUGACCGCUACGUGGCCAUCAGAAACCCUCUUGGCUACACAACAGCCAUGUCACGGCGUCUAUGCCUGGCCUUGCUGGGAGCAUCAGGCCUGGGCGGGGCAGUGAGUGCGGUGGUCCAUACAACCCUCACCUUCCGCCUGAGCUUCUGCAGGUCCCGGGAGGUCAACAGCUUCUUCUGCGAUAUCCCACCCCUGCUGGCCAUCUCCUGCAGCGACACCAGUCUCAACGAACUCCUCCUCUUCGCCAUCUGCGGCUUCAUCCAGACAGCCACGGUGCUGGCGAUCGCCGUGUCUUAUGGGUUCAUCGCUGGAGCUGUGAUCCGCAUGCGCUCGACCGAGGGCUGUUGGCGAGCAGCCUCCACCUGCGGCUCCCACCUCACGGCUGUGGCCAUGCUGUACGGGACACUCAUUUUCAUGUACCUGCGUCCCAGCUCCAGCUACGCCCUGGACAGCGACAAGAUGGCAUCUGUGUUCUACACCCUCGUCAUCCCAGCUCUCAACCCGCUCAUCUACAGCCUCCGCAACAAAGAGGUCAAGGAGGCGCUCAGUAGGAGCCGGAGCCGAUUCUGCUGUCCCAGGAGGAUGCAUCAGUGA